GCCGAAUGGAGACCGAGACUGAGGACGAGCGAUCGGCCACACACCCCACGCUGGCCUCUUCCUGGGAUGCCGCGUGCGGGGCCCUGGGCCGGAGCCUCCGUGUCCGCCGAGCCCAGGACUCGGACUGGGAUGAGCUGCUGGCGCCGCCUUCUUCGGGCCGGGACCUGGUGAGUCUGAAAAGGAGCCGGAAGAGCCCGGAUGAAGAGCCCUGCUUCCUGUCCCUGAGCUGCGGCCCGAGUGGAGGUGAAGAAGUCGUUUCUGUUGGCAUUUUAAGUUCAGCAAGAAAUAUGGAAGUGUACUUAGGCGAGGAGUACUGUGGCACCAGUAGGGGCAGGCGUGUUGGUAAUGUGCUGGAUUCCAGUGAGCAUGGAAAGAUUAUUUUGUACAAAAAAUUUCUAAAAUUGGAGUCCGCUGCACAAGCUUGUAAAAUAAAGUUGCUCUCCUUUGGUGAAAGGCCGUGUGUGUUCGUCAGUAAAGUGGUGGCGCACGUGCGGCCCGGCCCGGCGAAGCCUCCCGCCAGCUGUCCUGCUCUGGGGUCCAGGGUGGACCUGGAGAGGGUGCACACCAUGGUGGCGGCCGUGGGGUCCACGCUGUCACCUGGAGCUCAGCAGCUGAUGAGUAUGGUCAGGCUCCAGCAGCAGCGCUGCAUUCCCCUGGGGGAGCAGCUGCAGGCGGUUUUGGGGAGCGCUGCCUGCAAGCGAGUGCUGGGCCUGCGGGCCUCGGCGCCCUCGGGAGCCUGCGACGGGCCGACCUGCGCACCUGCCCCCCUCAGAGCCGGGCUGACGUCGGGACGCGGGACUGAAGACGUGAAAGCUCCCCGGGAUGAGAGCUCACGGCCCCCCGGGGGAGGGCACCCCGCCCCCCUCGGAGGGUGGGACAUUGCGCCCCAGAGCCAUCCUCUCCCCGGGAGGGACCUUCAGCUCGCGGCGUCCUUCUUACCAAAGAGAGCGAGUGACAGCCCCGGGGCCCCUGCCCCCGAGCUGCUGCCCAUCCUCCAGGAUGUGUGCGGUCAGGUGCGCCGUCUCCGUGGGCCACAGAGCGCCGCGUGGCCGGGACACGUCCCCGCGCCCAGCGAAGGCGGCGUUGGUGCCGGGAUGGGAGAGCCGCCCGCCUGCUCCUACUUGGAGAAGAUUCUGUCUAAGAAGCUGGAGCUGAUGGAGAGGAGACUGACGGACCACCUGGACGAGCGGCUGCGCGCCCUGCAGGAGCACAUCGACGGCAAGGUGGCGCUGCUGGCGCGCUCGCUGCAGAGCCCCGGCUCCCCGCCCCCGGGGCUGCCGCUCACACGCUGUGACUCUGGGGACGGACUCUCCAACGGAGAGAGAUAGGCGCUCCGCGGGCGCCGUGCAUGCACGUAUUUAUGGCCUAUUUAUUACAACGCAGCCCAAAGCUCA